AUGAGUGAAAGCAAAGUGAUUGGUGUUCUCACGAGUGGAGGAGAUGCACAAGGCAUGAAUGCAGUGAUCAGAGCAGUGGUUCGGAUGAGUAUUUACAACAAAUUCAAAGUAUAUCUCAUUUAUGAGGGCUAUAACGGACUCGUUUGUGGUGAUCGUAAUUACAUCGAAGAAGCCGAUCUCUUCACUGUUGAUCACAUCAUACAUAAGGUGUGGCGGAACAAUAAUCGGCAGUUCCCGGUGCUCUGA